GGCUGUGAUAGAAACUUCUCCAGACAAAGACGCUGUUGCUGAGGGGCUGCUCGACCUCCUCAAACCUGCAAUCCAGCAGCUGGAUCUGCAUGUCCACUCGGUCAGAGAAAGCCAGGUGGAGUUAAGAGAACAUAUAGACAAUUUAGCCACGGAGUUAUGCAGGAUAAAUGAGCACCAGAAGGUGGCGCUAGACCUGGAUCCUUAUGUGAAGAAGCUGCUGAAUGCCAGGCGUAGAGUGGUGCUGGUCAACAACAUCCUGCAGAAUGCUCAGGAACGCCUGAGACGACUCAACCACAACGUGGCCAAAGAGACGGCUCGAAGGAAGACCAUGCUGGAAGCAUCAGGAGUGUUCGCCUCUCGCUCUCCCAGUAAACCAUAACCCCCACAGGAACACCCAGAGGACCAGUCUUCCUUUAAUAUUUAAAUGUCUGUUUGCCAAUUAUUUACUCCUGUCCUGUGCUGUUUUUGUCACGAAAAUAAAAAGCUUUUAAUUUAU